GACAGCUUUAUAUUCAAGUUCUAAGGCCAGAGAAAUUAAAUGCCUCUUUGCUGUUUGUUUUCUGCACCAAGAUGACAGAUUGAAAGUGUAGAUACAAUUCCAUCCAAAAAGCUUAGAAAAAUAAAAUAAUCAAAGCAAACUAAGACUGCUUGUUUUCCUUCAUCCAGGGUAUUGUCGAUCUGGACCCAGAGAACUGGGUGGCUGGCCUGGAGCAGACCAUGCUCAUAGUGCUGGUUCUGGGUCGUUGGCUAAUGCCCAAAGGGGACAUGUCUCGGGAUCAGCUCUCCCAGCUCCUCAUGGUGUACGUAGGACUGGGUGCGGACAUCCUGGACAUCUUUGACACCUUCAAAGAACCAGAGGUCAAAACCAACAAGGCAGUUGUCGUCACCGGCCUGGCUCUCUUCUCCUGGGCACUCAUGCAGUUUCCUCUGGUUCUCACCCAGACCCGGCCCGCAAACGGCGAGCUUCCUCCGAGGAUCAGGGGGAGUCUCCACUGCUGUCACAGACCUCCGUCUCCAGUUGCCUCUUGCUGCUCCAGUGAGGCGUGGAGCUUGUUGCUCGCCGUGGGACUCCAAGACGGCCCGUUCCUGGUUUAUCGCCUGUGCCUCAUGGCGCGAGAGCGGGUGCUCAAUCAGCUGAUGAUUUUCUUCACCUGCAAGAACAUCCUCGUCGUCCUGCUGGAGCUGUACAGGAUCUUCGUGGUGCAGUGCGAGCAGCAGGUCCGGGAGUCGCUGAUGGAGAGCUGUGAUGCUCCGCUGCUCCGCUGCCAAAGCCCGAGGAGCGGCGAGGGGGAGGAACGGGAGGCCGGAGAGGGGCACUGCGCGGGGCAGAGCUGUCAGGCGGGCGUGGAGAUGGCAGCAGACACAGAGGAAGAUCAUAGAACUGUCUAGGUAAAGAAAAGGCUGUAAAUGUCGCGAGGCAUGACUUUGGCCCUCAGGGGGGAGGGAAUGGCUUUCACAAGCUGAACCCACCUCCCAUCCCUUAAACCCCAGCCUCAUUCAGAGACACUUUCGGCUCUCUGGAGAUGUGAUGACAAGAAACAGAGCGUAAGAGAAGAGAAUAUCCCCACUAAGACAGAUCAGAUGUGAGUUUCUGCAGCUCCCUUUGAUAAACCCUUUCAAAAAGAGGAGGAUUUUCCACUUUAUAUAUCUCACUGACAGCCCCUUUGUCAGUAAUUUGAUGUUAUUACAAGACAGCAAAGACAAUACGACUGCUCUGUGCUUUGCAGUUAAACUAAUUUCUUUAAUUAGCAGUUAUAGACAGGAAAUAUAAUGGUUUCAUUAUCUCUGAGAAGAUUUAUGUAGAAAAUGAAGCUGCUGUGGAUGAAAAUCGGGAAGUGAAAACAUUUGCUAUCGUCUAUUUCUAAUAAAGGUAAUUCUAAAAUAUGACAAAAAGAAGCCCUGUGAUGUUUAUUUGAAGUCGUUCUCCAUGAGAUGGCAGUGUUGCCAAAUCAACUGGAGCACAACAUCAACCCUCCUGCAACAUGCGUGAUGGC